GGCUUAUAACGUGCGAGGCUGCAUUUGCUCCCUUACUUUUCGGCUUUACUCCCUCUCCGCUUGCGCAAUGUAUUCAUGAAGAAAGCGUAAAGUGUUGAAUGUUUGAAAUACAAAACCGCCGAAUUUCACAUGCUGAAAAAGGACUCCGCUACUCGUGUGCGCAGCACUGCUGUGUCUGUGCAAUAGACUCUGCAAAGAAAAACUACUCAUAUACGCCUGCAAGUCCGUGGCUGAAAAGGGGACGCUGAAAAGCUCAUUUUUCAAUUUCAAGACAAACGCUUAAAAAUCAAACUGGCUCACGUUCUUCCAAACCAACCCAGUUUGACAGCUGCUCUUCACCCCAUUUGGAGGACUGUCAGCAGCAAGAGGAUGGCAUCAGAGCUGGCAAUGAGCAACUCCGACCUGCCCACCAGUCCCCUGGCCAUGGAAUAUGUUAAUGACUUCGAUCUGAUGAAGUUUGAAGUGAAAAAGGAGCCGGUGGAGCCCGAUCGCAACAUCAACCAGUGCAGUCGCCUUAUCGCCGGGGGAUCCUUGUCUUCCACCCCGAUGAGCACGCCUUGCAGCUCGGUGCCCCCUUCCCCAAGCUUCUCGGCGCCCAGUCCGGGCUCGGGGAGCGAUCAGAAGACACACAUAGAGGAUUUCUACUGGAUGUCCGGUUAUCAACAGCAGUUGAAUCCAGAGGCGCUGGGCUUCAGCCCCGAAGACGCAGUCGAGGCGCUGAUCAACAGCAGUCACCAGCUCCAGUCGUUCGAUGGCUAUGCCAGGGGCCAGCAGUUUGCUGGCGCUGCCGGAGCAGGAGGCACCAUGGCCGGAGAAGAGAUGGGGUCCGCCGCAGCCGUGGUGUCGGCAGUUAUCGCUGCCGCAGCCGCUCAGAACGGAGGGCAACACCACCACCACCAUCAUCACCACCACAGCAACAGCGGCAGCCACCACCAGGCACCUGGCGUCCAGUCCAACGGCACCUCUGGGACAAAUCACCCACACAUGCGCUUGGACGACCGGUUUUCGGACGACCAGCUGGUAACUAUGUCAGUGCGGGAGCUCAACCGGCAGCUGCGGGGGGUCAGCAAGGAAGAAGUGAUCAGAUUGAAACAGAAGAGGAGGACCCUUAAGAACAGAGGCUACGCUCAGUCCUGCCGGUUCAAGCGGGUCCAGCAGCGGCACGUCCUGGAGGGGGAGAAGACGCAACUCGCGCAGCAGGUCGACCACCUAAAGCAGGAGAUCUCCAGGCUGGUCCGGGAGAGGGACGCGUACAAAGAAAAGUAUGAGAAGCUCAUCAGCAACGGCUUCAGAGAAAAUGGAUCCAGCAGUGACAACAACCCUUCAUCCCCGGAGUUUUUCAUGUGAGUCUCGACAUUAUCGUGAAAAAAAGAAUAUCAGAUGAGUUACUCACCUCCGCUUAAAAAAGUUUUCAUUAUGAACCUUUCUUUUUUUUCAUUUGGCGCAAAUGCCUAUUAGACCAAGAACUCAUUUGUCAACUUUUUGAUUAUUUUAAUUUUUUUGUUUCAUACAUUUUUUUUUUUUUUUUUUGAAAACAAGAGUUUGCUCCAUUCUGCGACUGCAUUUAGAUUUGGAGGGCUUAUCGUCCGUUUUUUUUGUUUUGUUUUUUGUU